UGGGCUUUACAGUAAACACGGAACUACAUCGUAUAGACUGUAUAACAUAAAUAUGGCAACAACGUUGAAACUUAAUUUAUACGAGUACGGUUCUUCAUUUUAUAUCUCGUUACCGCUCUCCUCCUUUCUUCUUUAUUUCUCUAUUUAUUCUAAUUAAUCGCUUGAAAUAUAACGAGUAAGAUUAAAUUAACAUUAAGUCCGUCACGACGAUCUCAUUUUUAUGUGAAACUAACAACAAUAAUAUACAUUAAUGAAAUCAGACCCCGAGAGAGAGAGAGAGAACCAUUUCUAACGUUACAUUAGUUUCAUUCUAAAAUCGUUGAGAGAAUAUUAAUUCGAGUGUAAAAAAAAGUCGUCGAAUAGCAAUCGUUAUUGGUGGAUACAAUUCAAGCGAUCUAGAUAGAGAGAUAAAAAUAAUAUAGAUUGUAGAAAAAUGGCAGUGCCAGCGGAGAGUAUUAUAGAUUCAAACCUCAAUGAUCCGGUAACAAAAGCCGUUGUUGACAAUAUAAUGGGUAAUUUGCCUACAAAAAAACCUCUGGUUCGUUGCGACGAUUGUGAUUUAUCCUUUACAAGCCAAGCAGUAUUAGAUACACAUUUACAAGGCGCUCGUCAUGCCAAGCAGAUAAGGUCAAAAAAUAUAAUGGCGUCGCUUGAAGAAACUAAGGUAGCAUUUACAAAAGAUGCGGACACCAAUGGGCUAAAGUGUAAUGUAUGUAAUGUCUGUCUCAACUCGAUACAACAACUUCAAACGCAUUUAAAUGGAAGUCGACACAAGAAGAAAGCUAUGAGAGGUGGGUGGUUUGGAAAAGAAGUUGUCACACAAGGUAGUUCGUUGGUUGCUCCUGCAAUCAACAUACAGGAUUCUGGUCCUAUGAAGGCAGUCUCACUGUCAUGCGAUAUAUGCAACAAAUUUUUCAACUCUCCUUCGCAAUAUAAUGUGCACAUGAAAUCCAAGAAGCACACUGGCAAAAUGAAGAGAGCUAAGACUCAAAAAAAGAAACGAUUUUCUCCAUAUUGGAAAAAACCGAAAUCUGAUACGAACUCAACCACUGUACAAUCUCUGUCAAAUAAUUUUGUACCAGGUGGUUUUACGAAUCAAACAUAGUGCUAAGGUUUCAUUUAUUCUUAAGAUUCUUUAUUUGAGAUUAUAUAUUAACACACUUUGUGCUGUUAUAUAUGUCUCUGAUAUAUAUAUAAAAAGAGAAAAAAAAAAUAAAAAAAAAAAAAAGAGAAAAGGAAAAAAACAAACAAAAAAAGAAUAAAAAAAGAACAAAAAAAAAAAAACUUGUAUUGCGUUAAUAUCCACGAAUUGAUCUAUGGCACUGAUGAAAUUAAGUAUUUGGUCCAUUUUAUAAUUGGUCAAGAAUCAAGAAAUAAUUUUACCAAUUAUACAGAAUCUUAUUCGUCGAUAUAACGCAAAAGUUAAAGGAUCUGCGGGAUAGCAAAAGUGCUAAUCUGUGAUCUGAAAACUACAAACGAAAAA